AUGUUAAACAUAAGCACCAAGUAAAGGACCUCUUGCAGACAUAAGUAACAGUAGUUGGUUUGUAAAAGUCUUUUUGGGUGGUGGUGGUUAGGGAAAAACGCUCCGGAAGUACUUGCUAACAAUGUCAAAAAACUAAACUUUUUUUUCUCUCUUCUGCGGAUCAUUAAGUGGAUUUGUAAAAUGGACAAUCAUAUAUUUUCUAUCGAAUCAUCUCAGAGUGAUAUGGAUAUAGAUUCGAUGGUUAUUACGAAUGAUUUUUCUUCGAACAAAAGCCAGGAUAGCACCACGUAUAACCACUGUCAUCGUAUAUCAAUAAGCAAGACUAACACAGCAAAAACUAGGAAAACGCUUAUUAUAGCCAGCUGUUUAUGUCUUUUUUUCAUGAUUAUUGAAAUUAUUGGUGGUUAUUUAGCUGACAGUCUUGCAAUUAUGACAGAUGCUGCGCACCUUCUCACAGACUUUGUCAGUUUUAUUAUUAGUUUACUCUCAGUUUACUUGGCAUCACGACCAGCUACAAAGAAAUAUAGUUUUGGAUGGCACCGGGCAGAAAUUCUUGGUGCUCUUGUAUCUGUCCUCUUUAUAUGGGUGGUGACAGCCAUUUUGAUUUACCUAGCUAUCUUGAGAGUUAUCAAUGAAGACUACGAGAUAAAUGCCACUAUCAUGAUAAUCACCUCAGCAGCAGGAAUCUUCAUCAAUGUACUGAUUGCACUGGUUUUACACAAACACUCACAUGGUCACAGUCAUGGAUUAAACCAUCACCACAAUGACGAAGAGAAUCGAUUACUUGUUGAAACCAAAAGUUAUGGAUCCAGUAAUGACAUGUCUCUGGAAGAAGACUUAAAUAAGAAAAAACAUAAAAACAUCAAUGUCAAAGCUGCAUUUAUUCAUGUAAUAGGAGACCUUUUACAGAGUGUGGGAGUACUUAUAGCUGCAUACAUUAUAUACUUUAAGCCGGAAUACAAGAUAGCUGAUCCCAUUUGUACAUUCAUAUUUUCAGUGUUUGUGUUUAUUUCAACAGUUACCAUAUUACGUGACAUCAUUAAUGUAUUAAUGGAAGGUGUUCCAAGAAGCCUCAAGUUUUCACAGGUGAAAGAGUUAUUAAAUAAUGUUUCUGGUGUGAAAGCAAUCCAUAAUUUGAGGAUGUGGUGUUUGACAACCAAUAAAAUUGCAUUAUCUGUCCAUUUAGCUGUUGACCAAUAUUCUGAUCCAUUGAAAAUAAUGCGAGAAGCUACCAACAUUCUAACAAAUCGAUUCGGUCCAAUGGAAGUAACUAUCCAAGUUGAGGAAUAUGAAGAAAACAUGAACGAAUGUGCCCAAUGUCAAGAUCCAAAAGAUUAGCAAGUUUUUUCACCAAGUAUUUCAACAUUCUCCCAAAAAACUGCCAUACUGGGUUGGUGGGGAAGACAUUAAAAGGUGUUGGAUAUAAAUAUAUAUAUCAAUGUAUGCAUAUAUACUGACUGUCUAGUGUAUUUGUGUGUGUAUAUGCAUACUUUACAUACGUAUGUUUACAUGUAUAUUACACACACACACACAUGUGUAUGCACACUUCCAGGCACAAACACACAUUUAUACACACACUCACACACACACACACACACACAUACAUAUUUACAUAUACACACUCAUACACAAAGAUCUAUACACCUGUAUAAAACUGCCUUAAGCACACACUCAAACAGCUUCCUUUGGGCUUUCCCUGCUGUUUCUUUGUCACAGUUUUUGUCUGUGGGGUUUAUAUUGCUAUUUAUACAAAACUAUUGAAUCUUGCUCCUUCCCUCAAAAUAUUUCUCUUCCAUCUUGCCGCUGGCGCCAUCACCAUCAUCAUUAUCAUCACUAUUUUCCUCACAAUUCAUCCAUCAAUAAUAACAAAGCUAAUCUGGGAAACAUCUUUGGGUCCAAAGCCCAUAUCUCUGUUAGUUGAUUGUUGAUAACCAAGAGAAGCUUUUUAAGCUUGGUGUUUUUUGUUGUUUUUUUUGUUAAAGGUUGGGACUAAUUCUAUCUAAUUUUUUUUUUGUAUGUUGAUUGUAUAUAUUUUAUGACAUUUUAAAUUAUUAAAUGUUGAAAUAAAGAGAAACUGAAUGUAAAUAGAUUAA